AUGAAACAGAUACAAGUAAUAUUACUAUUGACAACUGUAUUGUUGGCGUUUGCAUUUGGCCCAACCAAUGCACUCACAUUGGCACAGCUAAAGGUUCUGUUCAAGGGCAAUAUCAUCGCCCCAGCCGACUCCACCUAUAACAACGUUAGAACUGGCUACAAUGCUCGUUACUCACGUCUGCCUGUCCUCGUCCUCCAGCCACAGAGCGCUGAUGGUGUCAAGCUGGCACUGGAGUACGCACAGACCAACAGCCUCCAGGUGUCGGUCAAGUCCGGAGGUCAUUCCGCUUCACUUUUGUCGGUGCUCGAUGAUCGUGUAGUCAUUGACCUGUCCACAAUGAAGAACAUCUCGUUCGACCCCACCUCGAUGACCAUCACUGCCCAGCCAGGCAACCGUUGGGUGGAGUUCUACAACUACUCGAUCAAUACUUUUGGCGUUGGUACUCCAGGCGGCAACUGUCCCUCUGUUGGUAUUGGUGGCCUGUCGCUGGGUGGUGGUGCCAACGAGCUGGCCUCAGUCUAUGGCGCAGCCGUCGACAAUGUUCGCGAGCUGGAAGUCGUCCUGGCCAACCUCACUGUGGUCGUGGCCAACGCCACACAAAACACCGACUUGGUUCUGGGCACUGCGCGGCGGUGGCCACGGAAGCUUUGGUGUCGUCACAAAGAUUACUUACCAAGUGUACAACCUGCGUCCAACCUACUACUCGGCCUGGAUCACCUACAACUGGACCGACUUUGA